ACGACGUUUCUACAACUGAACGGUACGCAAAACGGCGCGUUUCCCUUUUUUUUUAUGUAAUUUAUUGUGUGAGAAAGUUUGAUCGUGCAUCGGUGCAUUGGUGCAAUGGUAUGAAGAGCAAUCGGUUGACCGUACAGCAGCGUAGCAAAGAGACGGGACGCCCAAGGUGAUACGAACGCAGAACCGCGCGCAAACCAUACAGGACCAGCCGUAUCCGAGAUACAUACCCCUAGAAGGACACCCACGAAAUCAUCGCUCCAGAAUGAGUAGGGACGAAAUUUUAGCGCACCUGACCGAAAUGUUUGGUGACCAUAUCGAACAGCAGCGAAUUAUUGCGACGAUCGAGCGAUAUGACGAUUUAAAUGCCUGUGUGGAGGCACUGCUAAAGGACGAGGAACAGAUAGCUUCCUUUCCGGAGCUGAGCAGCACUGCCGACAAACUGCCUAGCCAAGCCUUUCACACCGCCAGUGCCAGCGAUUCCGUUGCCGGACCGGAUCGUUCGACGGGUGCCACCCGUAAGCUGGUAAACGCUGCCAAGACCGACACCGCAGCAGAAAUGACUUCCACCAGCUUCGCUUCGCUGCUGCAAAAAGGAAGCUUCCCGGUGCAGUUUCAGCAGCCCCCACCAGCCCCCAGCAACAGCACCACCGGACAGCGGCCACGCAGCGCCGGAAAGCAUAAGCCCACCGAGCAGCCGGCCAACUUUCAAAACAUCCUCGACAUGGUGGCCCAAGGUUAUCGCGUUAUGGUGCUGAUGCGUGGAGCACCGGGCAGCGGCAAAUCGUACCUAUCGCGAACGCUUAUCGACCGCACCUCGGGAGGCGAUUAUCGUAAUCACAUUUUUAGCGCCGACGACUACUUCAUGGUGAACGGCGUGUACAAAUUUCAGCCCGAUGCGCUCGAUGCUGCCCACCGCUUUAAUCAGCAAAACGUGCUCUCGAAGGCACGUGACGGUUGGAGCCCAAUCGUCAUAGACAAUACCAACAUUCGGCUGUGGGAGAUGUACCCGUACGUGCAGAUCGCUGCCGACCACGGCUACUUUCUCGAGGUGCUCGAACCGACGACACACUGGCGAAACAAUAGCCGCAGUCUCGCUAUAAGAAACACGCACGGUGUGCCCGAACCGAAGAUUAGGAGCAUGUUGCAAAACUUCGAGAAGCUCACGAAUGUGCAGGAGCUGUAUCGGUUGUGUAAGCUCGAGCAUGCCCUUUACAUUCCAGUCAAGAUGCGCCACUAUCCCAUCCUGCCGAGCGAUUGUGUGAUCCGGGGCGAAACGAAACCGCUAGUUCCGGCGGAACCGUCGGCAAACGCCGCCGUAUCGCUGGCCCCAACAAAGUGGGCCGAACCAUGGACCGAAAUGACGAAAGCAACGAAAGACAAUCCGAAACAGCUGCCCAACGGCCGAUUGACCGACCUGUCGGCUAUACCGCCACCCAAACCGCCACGCGACCUGCAGAAAAUCGGCACACCGGUCAAAGGGGCCAGCUCCCGGCACCAGAAACAACCGACCGACGACGAAACCGAUCUCGGCGCAACGGGCGGACAGUGCAAUACGUUUGACGAAGAUGAUUUUUCCUGGGAUUUUACCGACGAUUGGCGUAAGUCGGACACCAACUGGAAACCGUACGACACGGAAAGCAAUCAGUUCUGGGGCAAAACGGCGUCCGAACAAAAGCAAAAGAAACAAGCUUCAACGCUGGACGUGCUGGCACUGGAAGCGCAACCACAGCGAACGACAAAUCCGCACCACGAACCGAUUGCCGCGUUUCUGCUGUCGAGCGUCAAGGAACCGACCAAGCUGCCGACGAAGUUUCCAGAGCCCGCCUCGCAAAAGCCUCCCCCACCAGCGAGCAAGGAAAAGCAGUCGAAAAAAACAGACAGCAAACGAAUUGCGCUGGUGAAGCACAAACGCGGCUGUCCGAACGAGAAUACGAGCUUUUCGGAGAUCUGUAACCUCUACCCGAAGGUGCCGGAAUCCUAUCUGUGGGAUCUGUUCGAAAAGUGCAGCGGCGAUGGCGAUUGGGUUGCGAACAUACUGCUCGAGGAACAAAAGUUGGAAAACUUUGAAAACUCCUUCGACGCGUCGCAACAGCCGCAGCGUAACGUGGGAGCGGAAACCGUUGAAAGCACGACGGUUGAUGCCCUAACUGACACCACGUUCAAGUGGAACUUGCUGGACUGUAACUGCAACGAGCAGAUAGCAAAGCCUGUUGCUCCCCCGACUACUGCCACCACUUUGCUUAAGGUGAGCGCCGAAACAGACCAGGGCCCACAAGCCAGCAGCUUCGUGUCUACCGGCUCAUCCGGAUAUCAGUCACCGCGGGAUACGAACCGCCGUGGCCAGGGACAGCGUGAAACGGCACAGGCAAUCAAGCGAGAAAUUGAGGCCCGGUGCGUGGUUGGGAAUGAACACUUUUCCGAACCGAUUCGAAAGCUGCGUCUCGCCAGAAAGAUCGUCACCGCAUCCGAUGAAUCGCCGCCCGGCGAGAUGCUCGAUUUGGAAGCCACCGAGAAGGCAACGGACAGCGAGGUGGUGGAGCUGCAGCUUGGGACCGAGCUGGUGCAGCAGCUGCACACCAUCUUCAAGGAAAAGCACUGUCCCAAAUCGCUCGAGCUGGACGACCUACAGGCCGACCGUACGCGCGUAUUUAUGGCCACGGAAAUGGCGGAACAGUUGUACCUGCUGUUCCUCGACUCGCUCUACAGCUACACCGAGGAGGAGAAGCUGCACAGCUUACGGGAGGACGCCCGUAUGGCGCAGUUGAUGCAGACGGAGGAAAAGUAUCCCGCCAUGUUCAAACCGCCCAAUCCGUCCGGCGUGCCCAACCUCAAGGACAUCAUGGAGAUGGAGGAAGCGCUCGCCGCCUACCAGAAGGAAACGAACGCCACCUGGCAGAAGGCGGGCCCGCCCGAUCUGGCCCAGCAAAUGUCACAGCAGAAGCUGAAGCAAAUGUUUCCGCACGUGAACGGGGACGAUUUGGUGCAGAUACUGGCCGCACACAACAAUCGCUUCGACGAGACGGUGCAGGUGCUGAACGCCUCCAUCCCCGACACCGUCCGGCAGCAGAUGCUCGAGAAGGAGGAGCUGCUCAAGCAGCGGGCCGAACACGAGAAGCAAAAGCUGCUCGAUCUCUUCAGCUCGCCCACCUUCGUGUCGCCGUCCCCGACCGGAUCGAGCCUGUCCGGCGAGGAGGCGAUCAACUUCCAUCUCAUCAAGGCGGAGGAAUGUCGCAAUCUGGCCCAACAUCAUCUCGACCUGAAGAACGAAUGUCACGAAAGAUCGCGCCAAGCGAUCCAGCGCAAUGUGCCCGGGCUGGCCGACUACUACUCGCAGAUUGCGCGCCUGCAUCGGACCAAGAUCGACAUGUACAAUAGCCGCGCCUCGAACUGCAUCAUGGAGGUGCACAAGCUGAAGCUUAACAAUGACGCCGUGCUGGAUCUGCACUAUCUCCACUCGCAGGAAGCGUUGCGGUGCUUGGAGCUGUUCCUCGCCGAGCAUGCCUCGAAGCUGCUCAACUCGCAGCAGCGCUUCAAGACGCUGUACAUCAUCACGGGCCGUGGGUUGCAUUCGGCCGAUGGUAAACCGAUCAUCAAGCAGCGCUGCAAAGCAAUGCUUCGAACGAAGAACAUCAGAUACACCGAGCUGAACCCAGGAUUCCUGAAGAUCAAGCUCUACAACCGGGACGAUCUGGAGCAGCUGAUGAUGACGGACGAAUCCUAACGAGAGCGGGAGCGAGCGCGACGGUGAUCGAUAGCCGCACAAAAGUGUACUUACAACCACCGGAAGCAGAACAAAUCGAUAGUGAAGAAAGCUCACAGAACCCGGAAACGGAAGCGCGCGAGAGAGAGAGAGGGAAUCACGAUGAACCCGAAUGUACCUGAUUUGAAAGUCAUGAGUCAUCCGCGAGUCAUUUAGCGUUUAUAUGCGUAGGGAAAAAACAAGGAAAGAAGCCUCAAAGCACAAAACGAUAGCAACUUUUUUUUGUAAAUAGCUGUAAAUGUGACAAAACAAAACGUGUAUCAAAUAAAAAGUGUUUACGACCAAACAGA